AUGAUUAUCGAAGAACCUAUUGUACAGAUCUUGAAUGUGAUUCUAACUGGAAAUGGUGCUGUUUUUUUCCUAUUCGAUACAAGUGAUUGUUCUCAUUUACAAGUUGAUAGAUAUCAUGCAAGUCUUCUUAAAUUAAAUGAUCUUGAAACAACACCACUUUAUACUCCUCAAAAUCGAAUACUAUCUCAAACAGAUACUGCUUUAAUUCGAUCAGCAUCACCAGACGAUAAUGGUACUGAUUCAACAAUAUCCUUAGCUAAAGAUGCAACAAUUUCACGUUGUCGUGAUUCAAUAAUAUCAAAUGGAAUUUCUACAUCGCAAUCAACUCGUAGUUUUUUAUCACUAGAUAAUCCACAUGCAUAUGUUUCAUUGACUCUUACAUUUACAGCCGCUGACGAAACCAAAAUGACUUCAUUCCUGAAACUAAUUUCGACUGACAAUAUUUCACCUGUACUAUAUGAUGAUAUAGAAACUCGUAAAAAUAGUGCUCGUCUUUCACUUGAAGUUGUACUGGAAAUGAACGAAUUUAAUAUAUCCAACAAUCGAUCUAAUUUUGAACCAUCAUUAUCUAUUUCUCAUUAUCCACAUGUAGUUCAACCUAAUAAAAAAAUAUUCAAUUUACUUCUAGCUUAUUUAUAUUAUAUUCAAUUAAUUUUUGUGUGGUUUGAAGUCCUGUCUGUCGUAAUAACAAUUUCAGUUUGA